UGUGCUCUUGUGUAUGCAGUGCUUAUUAGUACACGGACCCUGUCUGUGGAAUUUUGUGUAUAUUUCGUCAUACACUCAGUUACACUAUGGAUUUUCCCUCUUAUGAAUAUUGCCUCUGUGCAAUUCUUAAGCAUUGUGGAGUAUAUACGCCGGUUUGGACUUGACACCGUUGUGCAUGGAGGUGGAGAAAAGUGCGGCAUCUGUGAGAAGACCGUGUACGCCCAGGAGAGGAUUGAAGCCGGAGGGAAGCCCUUCCAUAAGCUCUGCUUCAAAUGUACGGAGUGCAAGAUGUCUCUGAAUUUGAACAACUAUGCCCAGGCUGACGGUAUUCUCUACUGCAAGAACCACUAUCAGAAGUGUGUGGUUGCACAGAACACGCAGGCGAUGGUUUUAUAACGAUCCACAGGGAAGUUUUUCUGUCAAACCACAGCUCUAGAGCCGUUAGAACAAAUGUCAUCACUAAACUUCUGGGUUAUUUGAUAAAAGCUGGUAUCAUGGAAAGGGAUGAAGCACAGCUGACAGUCUUUACUCGAAUCGACGACGGGCCGGAAAUAGAGCUAUUCGGCUACACCUAUCGGUAUAUUAGGUCAACGUUCGAUAACUGUUCAGUGCUUCAACACAUUUUGUGAGUCACCAGUGCUACAGUGUAAUUUGCAUUUGUCUGUCAUUAUUUAUUUUACAGUUUAUAACCUCGGCUACUAGAGCAAUCACAUCUUGCAAAGAAUUUUUUGUUACGUGUAAAAAUCAUGUAAAACUUAUGAUAGGAUCCAUGGGCAUUGCUUUAUGUCCCUGUCUUACAUGCUGUGGGUGAUGUGUGCGUAAAUGUAGUUUUAGGAUGAGCAUUAAAAGUAACACGACCGAUUACGAAGAUCAUGUAAAACGCCAUGCUAUCAAAAACGUGUGAUAUUAAGUUAGAUUAUCUUCCUUAGGUGUGUUUUAUAAAUAUUUUCAUAUUUUCAUCUUCAUUCCCUUUGUGAAUGGUAUAUCAGUAGCAAGACCAAUGAGAACAGUGCCUUUCUCGUCCAAUGAUUUUUCAGCUUUAGGCUCCUAUUUACAUACAUGAUAUAUUCGGAUAAUGGACAUUUCAGACUGCACGCAAUGACCUCUAGUCCUCUUCAUAUAAGGCCCGGGAAAAACCAUCAUCGUGUGAAAACCAUUAAGCUGUUUUAUUAUGUAACUUAUACUUUUUAUUGAAAUAAAUACUCACACCUUAUUAAA